AUGGCCCGAUUGGCGAUUCGCGUAACGGUGAUAAAUUAUAACAACGGUGGCCCAACGACGGCGGCCGGGCUCCCGCAGUUAUCUAGCCUAAAUAUUCAUAUCCGCACUCACACCGGCGAAAAGCCAUAUCAGUGUAAUGUCUGUGACAAAGCCUUCCAUUCACGGUUAUCUGACCUAAAGAGACAUAUCCGCACUCACACCGGCGAAAAGCCAUACAAGUGUAAAGUCUGUGACAAAGCCUUCCAUUCAUCAGGAAAUCUGGCACAACACUCGAAAAUUCACAAUAAGGACUAACAGUAUCAGUGUCCUUAUUGUGCAUCAACGUUCACAAAGUCAUCUAAUCUAAAUAUUCAUAUCCGUACUCACACCGGUGAAAGGCCAUACAAGUGUAAAGUCUGUGACAAAGCGUUCAGUACAUCAGGCAAUCUGGCAGUACAUUCGAAAAUUCACAAUAAGGACCAACAGUAUCGGUGUCCCCACUGUUGA